UAGCAAACUGAGAGCAAACAGUCUGCAUUCAGAGACGAAAUAAACCAGGCGAAAUAGCUGCCUGUCUGUUAUCAUCCUGUUGUUUUGCGUCGAUUGUUGGGAGUUGCGGAGAUUUGUUGCCCUCACCGGAUUUUCACUUUCGAUCGAGCAUUCAAAUUUGAAUUUCUGCUUUGGCGAAAGAUCCAGAAAGAUGUCCAGCUCGCUUUUCGUGGCCGAUGGAAAAUUUUCUCCCGAGCUCCAAAGUGUCUUCAACUUUGGGCUAAUUACAAGGCCCCACCAAGCUCGACGAAGCAGAUAUCCAAGUUCCGAAUUCACCAAUGACGCUGUCCUGGUUGCCCAGGCCGGCAAGGAAAUGGCCCUGGCCAAGUGGGAGGCCAUCCAGAAGGGCGAGUCCGCUGACUGCAAGUUCCUGGUCGGAUCCGAAGACUCGGCUGCAGAGUUGGUUUUCGGCUCAAAGGUGGACCUGAUCUCGAGCAGCCUGUUCUUCAAAGCCGCCCUGAAGGGUCAAUUUAAGGAGCAAAUUCAGUCCAACGAGCCAAUCAGAAUCGAUUUCGUCGAGCCCAAGAUCUUCAAAAUGAUCAUGGAGUUUGCUCACACGUGCCACCUGAACCAGAAUCCUGUGAAGUCGUUGGAAGAUGCAAUACGGCUGGCCAAAGCUGCAAACUUGUUCUUGAUGCCUCCGCUGGUGAUUCUUGGCACAAAAUUGAUCAAGAAAAGUCUGAGCAUUGAAAACGUCUGGAAAGCCCUGAAUUUGCUUUUGCCUGAGAAAAAUCUGGCUUCGGUUUGCGACUCGAUUCUGUCGAUGAGAACAUUGGAAUGUCUGAAGCAGCCGACCUUCAUGGGCAUCAGCAGGGACAGUCUGCAGUACAUCUUGAGCAUGGACACUUUGAACAUUCCGUCCGAAUACCCUCUGGUGGAAGCUUGCGCCAAACUGGCCAAAGAAGAAAGAGACUGGUCCGUGAUGGACACGGCCCUGCCACUUCUGCGCCUCCUCACCCUGGAGGCCAAAGAAAUCAACUUGCUGGCCGAAUAUCUCACCGACUUUGAGAAGAAAGCGAUCGGCCAGUGGUUGGUGUUCAAUGAGGUGCCCGAUGUGGCCGGGAGCAGGUUGUGCCCCGAAGUGACCCCAAGGAAGAGACCCGUCACUUUCAGAAAUCGCAGGUUCGGCGAGUUUGAGAAUCAAGAACCUCCUCCGUCAUUUGCUUCGCUGAACUGCAAUUCAGCAUUUAAGCCACAGUUCGUCAACUUUAAAUGAGCAGAGAGACUGGAAAAUAAAGUUGACAAUUUUAUUACUGAAAUUGUUCAAUCUUGCAGUACACUUAAAAGUUAAUACAAAUAAUGUGAGAUACACCAACAUAGGAUAAGUGAAAGAAUAAAAUUUAAAAGCUGUUUUGUAGAAAGAAGUUAGUUGGAUGUAGUUGAAACGAAAUAACUUGUUCUUAAAUUAUUCUAUUAUUGGUCAGCAAUAUUUAGUCUUUAUAAUUACCAAUAUUGUGUUUAUUACUAAUUGUAAUUUUUUCAACAUGAAGGUGAUUUUGUUUACAAUUGGUCAUUUAAGUUCAAGAAAAUAUUAUAUUUUUGCAUUGUAAAUUUACUCUCAAUAGCUCUAGUUUUCCUGAAUGUGAAGGAAUUUGAUUUCUGCUGUAGGUAUUGAUUAAAUCAGAUUAAAUA